AUGCCGGCUGGGAAAAAGCCCGGCCGCUUGCACCCAAUACCGCCGGGUCGCCGUCCGUUUGAGAUCGUACAUAUCGACCACUUGGGACCUUUUGAGACGAGUACCACCGGAAAUAAAUAUCUGUUCGUUUUGGUCGACAACCUAAACAAAUUCACGCACUUGUAUCCCUGCCGUUCCACGGACACCGCGAGUGUGCUGAACCGACUGGACAAGUUUUGUAGAGCACGCGGCAUUCCGGAUCGUAUAUCAUCAGUGACCGUGGCACGUGCUUCACGGGCGAAUGGGCAAGUCGAGCGGGUGAACCGAACCAUCGUACCACUGUUAAGCAUCUUGACCGAAGACCAGGUGCAUUGGGAUGAUAAGGUACCAGAGGUAGAGCGACAUCUCAACUCGGCCGUUAACAAGACAAGUGAACUGUCGCCUUUCGAGGCGCUCUACGGUUAUCGCCCACGGUUCGUGGGAGGCACUUUAGGAAGUCUCAGCCAAGCCUGUAAUGCUUGGACCGCUCCGCAAGAAGUACAAACACGGCUCCGCGACACAAUUACCGUCGGACAGAACCGCAUGAAGCUAUAUUACGACCAGCGUCACCACGAGGGUGUAAGAUAUGACGUUGGCGAGGUGGUGGUGAUGUUACGCCAGCCUAAGCCGGACCAGCCAUCCAAGCUACAGGCCAAAUACCGGGUAAGACCUUUACAAGUCAUAGAAGUGCUACCUGGGGACACCUACCGAGUGGCCGAGGUGGCCAGCGACGGGCGUGAAGUCUACGCCACCACCGCCCAUCUAUCCCAGCUGAAAUCGUGGAAGAUAUUUCGGGAGCAUGAGGACGAAGUACCAGCUGAAGUCGAAGCGGAGGACGAAGAUGCAGUACAAGAAACCGCACGAGAUGUCCGACAUAAGGUCGAGGAACAAGACGGGGCUACGACCACCAGGCCAGUACGGAAGAGAAGACCACCCGCUCAUUUGUCGGACUACAGCACGGAUUAA